GUUGUUGGUUUCUAAAUGAUUCCAGGAAUGUUUGUGGCUCAAGCAUGGCUUAGGUCUAGUUUAAACGAGCAAUCACUGGAGAAAUAUCUUCAUAGCUUCAUUGGGCAUAAACUAUUGCUUUUUCAGUAUUAUGAGCAAGAUGCAUUAUUAUUGGAUGAUGAACGAUCUAGUAUGUUACCAAUGAUGGCUGCUGGCUUAAGUUCAAUUCUUUUUGCAAUUGACAUUGACAAAGCUGAGUUUAACUCUAUUACUGUACAGAUUCCGGGAAAUAUCAGCCAAGCAGUUUCUCGUCCAACAUCAAUAUGGGCUGUACCAUCACCAAUGUAUGCAACGUCAGGAGCUCCUGGUGAAGUUUGUUAAAUACAACAAUUUAAGAAAAUAAAGAUUUGAUCAGAAUUUCAUUUUUCUCUCCUGAUCAAAAAUAUCCCUUUUAUCCCUAAUUAUCCCUACCAUUCAUCUCAUAUAUCGCUAAUCUUAUCAUUCCUUAACCACACAUGUCAUUUAUUCCUUGUAAUCCCCCAACCAUGCGUGUUCUCCUUAACCUUUAUUAUCCCAUUAUUACCUGUCUUCAUUUAUCCCUUAACUAUACCUGUUGUUUAUUCAUCCCUUAUCAUCCCUUAACCGCGCGUCUUCAUUUAUUCUUUAUCAUACUUGAACAAUGCGUAGUCAUUUAUCCCCACGCGUCUUCAUUAAUUUUUAACUUUUAUCUUUCUUUUGUGUUUCA